AUGAAUGACACGCUGGCCGGCUGGACGAUUCCCGACCUGCCGGACAACUGUACCAGUGCGCUAAGCGUUUACUGCAGUCCCAGCUCGGGCGCCACUAUGCCCCAAACGACUACUUUUCUAACCACAUGCUCCCCAGCCUACUGGGAAAAUUUACUCUCAGCAACCAGUACAGCAAACGCCACCACCACCACACCUGGCGGCCCACCCGGCCCGGCACAGACCGGCGUCGCGGCCAACUGCGACGCUUGGUACGUGGUACAAGCCAACGACAACUGUCAAGCCAUUGUGGCCAAGUUCGGCAACUUCACGCUUGUGCAGUUCUACAGUUGGAACCCGGCCGUCGGCUCCAGCUGCUCAUAUCUCAUUCCUACGGAUGCAGUCUGCAUUGGUGUAUCCGGCGGAUCUGCCACGUCGUCAUCCCACUCAAGUUCAAGUUCGAGUCACAUGACCACCACAACGGCGCCCUCGCCUCUCCUGCCGAGCACGGAUCCGUCAUUCACGAGCUACUACUACGUCAUGCCCGGCGACAACUGCGACAAUAUCGAGCAGACCUAUAAGAUCUCCGCCGAUGAAUACAUCUGCGUUGGCGCUCCGUACACAAGCAGCAGCGCCAAGCCCUCGAGCACUACGCACACUACCUCGGCAUCCCCGACGGUUCCGUCGCCGCUCGAGCCCAGCACCGACCCCCAGUGCACAACUUAUCACUAUGUUGUGACGGGAGAUACGUGUGCUGCGCUGGAAUCAACGUACGAGAUCACGGCUGCUCAGUUCAAUCGCUGGAACCCGUUCGUCGGCACCGGCUGUGCAAAUUUGUGGCUUAACUCGUAUGUUUGUGUCGGAGCACCGAAUUAGUAGCCGGAUCAAGACCCAGAAUGCCCGGCUUUUGUCAUGCAGGGGGAUUGUGAUACUGAAGGAAGCCGGUGUUGGACCACGGGAAACCGGAUCCAUAAUUACUACUUAACCUUUGAGAACGCUGCUGGACUAUACUUUUCGAUUUCUCUUCAUACGUGGACCACAUAGGCAAUAACAAGAACAGCAAAUGACAACACAGCACGAAGCCGGCCGAGACCAUGGUAACCAUGACUGAAUGUCGCCCUAAAGUGCAAGGGAAAUAGGCGGGGGGUCGAUACCUAGCAUAACCAAGGCGUGUUGUGUUUCAUAGGAGAACAUGGGGAAAUAAGAGCAAAUCUCGUCGAUACUUAGGGAGGUACUAGAAUAGGUAACAAGUUGGAUGGUAGAGAAUGAAG